CUUACAAAGAAAACAGUUGGAUGGAUAUUUCAUGUUCAUUUAUGUCUGAUUAUGAUUUACAAAGAAUUGAAAUCAACAUCCUUCUGUCUCUCCUCUCAGGUAGAUGAACUAUCAGCUGAGGUGACGGAACUCAAAGAGGAGAAGCAGAAGAGUGAGAACAAGCUGCAAAAGCAACUGGGGGACGAGAGAAAUAAGGUAAAUCAACUAUCAGCUGAGGUGAAUACGCUCAAAGAGGAGAAGCAGAAGAGUGAGAAGGAGCGGCAGCAGCUGCAAAAGUUGCUGGAGGACAAGAUAACAGAGGUAAAUCAACUAUCAGCUGACGUGACGGAGCUCAAAGAGGAGAAGCAGAAGAGUGAGAACCAGCUGCAAAAGGAGCUGGGAGACGAGAGAAAAAAGGUAAAUCAACUAUCAGCUGACGUGACGGAGCUCAAAGAGGAGAAGCAGAAGAGUGAGAACAAGCUGCAAAAGGAGCUGGGAGACGAGAGAAAAAAGGUAAAUCAACUAUCAGCUGACGUGACGGAGCUCAAAGAGGAGAAGCAGAAGAGUGAGAACAAGCUGCAAAAGGAGCUGGGAGACGAGAGAAAAAAGGUAAAUCAACUAUCAGCUGACGUGACGGAGCUCAAAGAGGAGAAGCAGAAGAGUGAGAACAAGCUGCAAAAGGAGCUGGGAGACGAGAGAAAAAAGAUAAAUGAACUAUCAACUGAAGUGACGAAAUUCAAAAAGGAGAAGGAGAAGAGUGAGAAGGAGUGGCAGCAGCUGCAAAAUAACCUGAAGGACAAGGUAGGUCAACUAUCAGCUAAAGUGAAGAAUCUUGAAGAGGAGAAGCAGGAGAGUGAGAAGGAGCGGAAGCUGCUGCAAAAGGAGAUGGAUGGCAAGGUUAAAGAGGUAAAUAAACUAUCAGCUAAAGUGAAGAAGCUUGAAGAGGAGAAGCAGGAGAGUGAGAAGGAGCAGAAGCAGCUGCAAAAGGAGCUGGAGGUACAAGGAAAUGGCCACGAAGAAAGUUGACGGAAAGAUGAAUUCUGAUGUGGAAACAUGAAAACACCAAGUCAUAUACAUCUGAAAGGUGGUAACUUUCAUCUCUGUACAUUAUUUUAUUUUGAAUCACCUAAAUGAUUGAGACCUGAAUUUCAAAUCCAACAUGAUCACUGUUUUGUUUUUGUGGUGCAUUGAACAAUUUGCAAAAUGUUUUGUUCAUAAUGUGGUUGAAAAUCCAGUGCUGCAGCUCAGUUUUUUUUAUUUUAUUUUUUUGUAAAGCAUUGCUUUUGUUUUAUUACUACAUAGGUUUUACUGAAAACACUUCAUAAUUAAGGCACAAUAUAAUUUUAAAUCUCAAAACUCAAUUGGUAUUAAGACUAAGAAAUAAAUUAAUAAUCUUGUCCUCUGGAACAAAAAUACGUAUUGACAGUAGUCAAUUCACUGUUUUUGUCUUGACACUAAAUCAAUUGUUUGUUAUUCUAUGUUUUGAAUUGUUUUAAUUCCAUUUGUACUGUCAAUGUAGAAUUCCAUACUCAAUUUUCUGUCAUAAAGAGAUUUUCAAGAGUUCAUAUUCUGAUGUACAUUUUUGACAAUAUUUGCUUUGAG